AUGGCGUUGAAGGUCGACUGCCUCAAUGCGCUCAAGCAGGCCAAUGAGUGGGGAGCCAAAUGCAACGAGAAAGGUUACCAGCAGAAGGAGUUUGAAUACCUGGAGAAGGUGAACGACCUUUCCCACGAGUGCAUGAUAAAAACCACCACCAC